AAAACUACAUUACCCAUGAUUCCCGUCGCGUCAACAAACUCGGGUUCAAAGGGCGUUAAAGUCAGAAUCGCGUGCUCCUUCGGUUUGAGCAUGUCAUCAGACGGAUUAGGAGAGCCAUCAGUACCAGCAGAGUACCAGAGAGAUGGUGGUCCAGAGACAGGGGUCCCUAUCUGUGACAGAGACACCCUGAAACCCACAACAGACUCAGCAGAACGCGUUGAGGAUGGAGUCAACGUGUGCCAGUUUUUCCUCAUGGGAAAGUGUCAUUUUGGCCACAGAUGUCGUUUCUCUCACAGUAACCCAUCGAUAGAUGAUUCAGGGGCUGUAACACCUGACCAGGAUGACAAACAGGAUGGAGAGAAGGCAGAAAGACACAAAAAGAAAGUGAAGAAAGCCGCAAAGCCAAAAUAUGAGGCAAAAGAGGUGAACAAAAAGCCUCGCAUGCGCACAGCAGAUGAUGUUAUCUCUCGGAUCCUGUGGGACUCAUCAGUGGAUGGGUCUGAAUUUGUAGUGGGGUAUGUGGAUCGUUUCCUGGGUGUGCUGGAGCGUCCCUUCAACGACUUCAACUGGGACACCAAUCCCUGCGACUGCGAUUACACCUCUGAGCUGGCCCUGCCCAGACACAGGAUCCAGUACUUCACCUACAGAGGGCACCGCGUCUGGGACCGCCACAGCAGGACUGACAGGGUGUUUGGCUCCACCGGUCAAUCUCUGGCUCCCCCCUUUGGAGGGGAGGGGGAAGUAAAGGAGGAAAUUAACCCAGAAGGCCAAGAGCAACAACAAGACUGCUUUGAAACAACAGAAAAGCAGGCACCUGCUGUUAGUGAGCAGGAAGAGACUGAAGCAGGAGAGUGUGAUCAAACUGAGAACACACAUCUGGAAGAGGGGAAGCAAAGUGAGACAAACACUGCUGACGCAACACAAGCAGCGCCAAACUGUCGAGAAAACACUUCUCAGGAACAACAGGAGUCACAAGGAGAAGCAUGUGUUAUGGAGGAGUCUGCAAAGAGAUUUGAGGCUUCAACAGACCAAAUGUCCUUAUCCCACAAAGAGAAUGUAAGUGUUAAAGAGGAGCGUGAGGAAGGGAAUUCGGCAGAAUGGCACGAAAGCUGGGAGGGCAAAGAGGAUACUUUGAGUUGUCUCGGAGCCCUGAACAUCAGCCAGAAUCCAUCAUCACCUCUGGAGCAGAGAGAGGAGAAGCGUGGUAGCGGUGGUCGCCCCCCUAAAAAACGACCCACACACUUCAUCACCUUCAGAGCCAACACUCCUGCCAUCCUCUCUGGUUUCCAGCAGCUGCAAGAGGAGAUCACCGCCCUUCUACCGUCCUCUGCCCCUCACUGGCAGACGGCCUCCAGCCUUCACGUCACCAUGUGCCUCCUGAAUCUGUCCGGCCCAGCGGAGGUGGCCGCUGCCGGGGAGAUCCUCCGUCAGUUUGCCCAUUUGGAUCGUAACCCCCCGGUGGCUCUGACAUUCCCCUUGAGGCUGAAGCAUUUCAACGGAAAGGUGCUGUACCUGAGCCCCCAGCCUCAGCUUCACCUCCAGCAGCUCAACAGUGGCCUGCAGGAGGCCUUCAGGAAGGAGGGCUGGCUCCACAGGGACUCCUACAAUCCGCGCUACCACCUGACGCUGGCCAAGGUAGAGGGCGUAGAGGGAGAGAGGAUUUUUGAAGGGGUUGGGGACCUGAAGGUAGGGAAAGGUAUAAAUUUUGGGCGUCUGCCAGUAAACACCUUACACCUUUGUACCAUGGGGGUUUCCAAAGUAGACGGUUUUUAUGAGACCGUGUGCACAGUAACUCUUCGAUGAUAGAAGAGUGGGAACACUACAUACAUGUAUGUUUAAACUACAGUUGGUAACUUUGAUAAAAAUAACUUUUAGUCAUAUUUGCUGAAACUGUCACUACAACCACAUAGUAGUAGAUGAGCAAGACCCCCUCCUUUUUGUAGUGCUUCUAAUGACGUUAACUUGAAUCAGCCACAGCAGAGGGAAAACGUCCAAUCAGAGUUGAGGAGUCUCUAAUGCAGCUGUCAAUCAUAUCAUUCACUACUCAUGAACUGCAAUCAAACUAGGCAAUCAAAAUCCUGUUGCUGCUUUGCCUAUUUCCUGCCUCAGAUGUUUUCAUAAACAUAUUUUAGUGUACUGUUUAGCUGUAAAAUGAGAGAGCUUUCUUAUUUUGCAGUUAAACAGUACACUUAAAUAUCUAGAGAGACAUCAGAGACUAGGUCCAAAGUAUACUGGAACACAUGGACUAGAG